UUGUUUUAUUGUUCAGGGUACACACACCGGAGCGGCCAUAUAGUUUAUAUAUAAAGAGCUCAUCUCGGGGCACGCCGGUCUUACAUAACAAACGCAUCAUCGCUGUGAAUUGAUGACCGUUACUACGUGCGGGAUAUUAUGGAUGUUGUUGAAGUUGUUGUACAUAGCCUAGCAUGUUUAGAUAGAACAAAAAAUUGUCAUAAAACUUCAGUUUUGCAUCAAUGAAACCGUUAGAUUCAGAUGAGGAGGAAGCAGAGCAGCUGGGUGCUUACCAAAAAGAGCUAAGACAACGUGCAAACCAGAGCAUACAGCAGCUGAGCAGUGCUCUGGAGCAGCUGAGCUCUGAUGGAGAAGAGGUGGAGGAGCCCAGAGGCACUGACAUCAGCCUCUUCACCACCAUGGCCGAAGAGGACAAGGCUGCAUUGAGCCAGAAGACACAGAGUGAAGCAGUUAAUCAGCUGAAGAGCCUUUUACUGAAGCAGGGCAGAGAAAUUCCCUCUCCUCUCUCACCUUCAAACAAACAGUCUCCAUCCAAGAGAGUACAGCAGGAGGGAAGGUCCAACUUUGCUGCUUUUCAGGAUUUUGUCCCAGUGGUUCACAACCAGUCAGAGUACAUCCAACACCUGGAAGCUGAGGUCAAACUGUGCAAGGAGGAGCUGCAGGGGAUGAAACAGCGUAUUAGAGUUGUGGUGGUGGAGAAUGAGAAGUUGCAUUCAGAGCUCAAAUGCAAAGCUGUGGAUGAUUCUCUAAAAGACUUCACAAUCCGAAAUUCCACGGUGAAUGAGAGUAUGGCAGCCAACAGCCACAGCAUGCUGCAGAGAGCAGAACACAUCUCAUGGAAAAAUGAACUGGAACAAUUGAAAGUGAUCUACCAGGCCCAGAUUGAAAGUUUGGAGGCUCAGGUCAUCUCCCUCAGGAAGGAUCUGUCAGUCAGUCAGAAGGAGUGUGAGGAGGUGAGGGUUCGUCUGAGACACCGGGAGAAACAGGCUGCAGAUGCACUGAGGGCUGAUGGAGCUCCUCGUGUGGCUGGAUUGUGUCUGAAGUGUGCACAGCAUGAAGCUGUGCUGGCUGGGACUCACACAAAUCUGCAUGUCCAGGCUAUUGACCGGCUCACAAAGGAGCGUGAUGAGUUAUUGGUGGCUCUGCGCGCUGUGCGGGCGAGUCAGCAGGAGGCGCAACAGAGGGAAUGGUCAGCCUGCCUCCAAGUUAAACAGGCUGUGGAGAUGGCAGAAGAAGCAAAUCUCUACAAAGCUAGGGUGGAGGUGCAGUGUGAGCAUCUGUCCAGGGAGCUGACUCGACAGAGGGAACAGCUGGAACGAGAAGCACAGGCCUCACAGGAGAGAAUGACUGAGGCUAGAGAGGAGGGCCGGGCUGAGGCUUGCAAACAGAAAGAGGAGCUGGCACAUACAGUGUCCAGCCUCUCUCAGUGUGUUGCUGAGUUGGAAGGACAGCUGGACAGAGCGCACAGAGACAAGAGCUCACUGACCAAUCAGCUGGAAGAUACCCUUCGCAAAUUUACCAAUCAGGAACAAGACAAUACAAAGGUGUGUGUGGAUCUGCGAUAUCAGCUCAGCCAGGCCCAACUGAAGAAAGAGGAGGCAGAGAGAGAGCUCCGAGAGCUCAAAACCAAGACCAGCAGACGGAUGGAAAAGGCUGCACAGGAAGUGGAAAGGCUGAGCUCAGAGCUGGUUGGCUGUCGGCAGCAUCUGGAGGCGGUCCAAAAGGAUGGGAGCCAAUGGCAGGCCGAAGCCCUGAGCCUAGCAGAACAGCUGGCAAACGCCCAGCGCCAACUGCACCUCACCAGACAGGACAGAGAGAGUGCAGAACGGGCUCAUGAGGAGGAAAUGGCGUCUGCGACCCUUUCAGCGCGGGAAAGAGAGAGAGAGCUGGCUGCGCUGCUGCAGCAGACAGAGGCUCAACACCAGCAGAGAGUUGCAGAGUUGGACAGUCUGCUGAGUUCCCAGAAUUCCCUGAUCAGGAAACUGAAGGAGGAGUGCUGCACGCUGGGAGUCAAACUGGAAGAGCUGACAGAAAACAGCAGAAGAGAGCUGGAGCAGCUGGCCCUAGAGAAGCAACACCUCGAGGAGACGGUAAAGAGUCUGAGAGCUCGCUGCUCUGAUAUGGAGGAUCAAUGUGUCCAGCACGGUCGCAUGCACCAGCGCAUGAAGGACAGGCUGCAGCAGUUGGACCGUCACUGUCAGAGCAGCGCCCAGCAGGUGUGUGAGCUGCUGGCCAAACAGAACCAGCUGAUGCAGGAGAGAAACACACUCACCGAGGAGAUGCAGAGCCUACACAUGGAGAGACGAGUCGAUGCUCUGUCUACAUGAGUCUGUCCUGCCUGUUUCCUCCUCUCGUCUGUCUGGAUCUGAAGUCAGAAAUCUCCUGUUGAUGAGAACAUAUCACCUGUUAUUUAUGUUUUCUACCCAGGGAGACAGGUGUGUUCAUCCUAUCAGAACUGAAAAUCAGGUUUAUAUUUUUUAUUUGGCGAUAGACUGUUACUGUGAUCUGUGGAGCACUUAGAGGUACUAAGAUGUUGUGUUUUGACUUUUUUUCUUUAAAAUAAAUUUUUCACUGAUAAACCAUUUCAAAUUAAUAAAUAAUUACAGCACUUUUGAAAUGUGCUAAAAAAAACGUUUUCUUGUUUAAUUUUUGCAUUUAACGGCAUAGUGACUAUGUUUACAUGCACAAAAGAUUCCAGUUUUUGCCCUACAUGCAGCCGUGCAUACGAUUAAUGUAAAACGCUCAGUUUUCGAGCAGGGGUCGAUGCUCUAACAUGGGGUUUAUCACAAGAAAACAUGGAAAAGUGGAACAGCUGGAGCUGCUUGUGCCAUUUUUAAUAUUGUUUAAAACUAGAUGCAUUUUCUUCACAACAGAAAUGUGAGCAUUUCUUUUGGGUAUGCUUCUCUACCCCAGCUUUGCAUGCGGUUUUCAGAGCUGACCAUAAACAGAUGAGAAGCUUUGUUUCGCAAAUGGGGUAAAAAUCCCAAUUGAGGUUUACAUUUUGAAUGCAAUGUGAACAUAUCCAAAGAAUGCUCUGAAAACCCAAAUAAUAUUGACCCAUCCUACACGUCUUAAUCAGAAAAUGCUGCAGUCCAAAUUCAGGAUACUGAGUAUGCUUUUUACAUGACCUGGAGUACUGUCAUAUUCAGAACAAUGAUGGAAUAUUAGUGCAUUUAAACUUUGUCUCGAAACAAUGUAUUGACUCUCAAUCAUCGCUUAUGAUCCACUAAGUGUGCAGUAGUGGCUAUAUCUGCAGAGCCUCUGUCCUUUUCCUAUAUUUUCUCUUUUCAUUUUGCUGUGUUUAGGACAUAUAUAGGCUUCAGCCUUUGGGCACUGGGUGUGUAGCCCCCAGCCAGUGGCUACACUCCAAAAAAAAUGUACCGACCAGGUGCCAGAUCCUACACACACAUCCAAGAGGAAGCAACAAAAAAAGCUUGGAAAAAAACCCUAAAUAUAGCGAGGACAAAUGCCAAAUGGUCGAAGCUUGGCUUUUCCCCAGUCAGUGGUGGAAUGUAACUAAGUACAUUUACUCAAGCACUGUACUUAAGUACAAUUUUGAGGAACUUUAUACUGCUACUUCACUACAUUUUAGGGGCAAAUUUUGUACUUUUUAAUCCACCACAUUUAGCUGACAGCUUAAGUUACUUUUUGGAUUCUACAUGAAACAAUUUGAUAUAUUUAAAAUGAUUACAUGUUUAUAAAUUAAGUUAAAUAAAAGUGUAUUCAGUAGUUAAAAUGAGCCCUACCUGGACAGCAGUAAAAUGCUGAAAAAUCUGAGUGGGUCCAUUCUGCAUUACGGGUACUUUUACUUUUGAUACUUAAAUUUUAACUCUUAAAUUUUGAUAUUGAUGCUUUUGUACUUUUACUGAAGUAAAGGAUCUGAAUACUUCUUCAAUCACUGGUGUUUACAAAUGGCAACAGACAAGUCCUACUCAUUGUGUCUUUUAACUGAGCUAAAAUGUUCUCGAUAUAAAUAUAGUAAAUAAAAAGUCGACACCA